AUGAUAUACGAUAGGUCCCAGGAUUCAGAAAAUUCUCACUCUAGUUUAUUUGACAGCUCCAAUUCCACUUUGAAUAUCUCAGAGAAACAGAUAGAACUUCAAGACUUUAACUUGGGCGAUUGUUUACCUGAAGCAGAACAUAUGGACAAAGAUGAAAUAUCCCCUUCAUUCCGUUUAGGUCUACCAAAUUACGAGGAUACUGUAAAUUCGUCAUUGAUGGGGCAAUACUCAAACUCAAACGAUGGCUUUCCUUCGGAAGAAGAACCAACGGGCACUUUAAAUAUAAGGACCGGAACUAUGAAUUUUGCCAAAUCCAUUUGGAGGAUGUUUUGUAUUGCAAUUAUAUUGCAAGCAUUCUUAGGCUUUUCAUAUAUGAUGUUUCUUCCUCAAUUCUCCCUUCAGUUUAGAGAUGAUUCGCCUGAAGCUCGAAGAUUGUUGUCGAGUAUCUCAGAAGGCUUAAAAAUGAUAUCUUACCUCGCCAAGGACCUAAGUGUGACUUUAAACGAUAAUAACAAUAUCUUGAAUGAUAUAAACUACAUUGAUACCAUAGACACAUUUUCAGACAAUUAUAUUUAUCAAUUCAACGCAAUUCAAUACUGUAAGUAUAAUAUAGUCAACACUACUACAGAAUGCGUAUCCACGAAUGGAUUAGAUAUCUUUACUAGUCUAGUAACAGAUAUUGGUCUACAGUUAGGAAAUGUAUCCAAAGCAGAAGAUCCCAGCAAGCUUGCUACGUCAUUGGUGACUACUUACUCUAAUUUAGUUGACUCGCUUGACGAAAUGAGAGACAGUAACACAAGCCAUACGUUCGCUUUGGCUCCUAUAGAUUUCAAAACUAUCAAAAUAGCUCAUAGUCUCAAAAAGUCUCAAAACUAUGGAAAAAUGAUGACAUACUUAGCGUCACCUGUUAAUUUUAUGCAUCCUAUAAUAUGGAUGAUACUCGGUUUAUCAUGUUUCACAUUGUCUGGUACAAGUAAAUUUGCAACCUUUAAUCAAAGGAAUUUAUUUGGUUAUUCUAUUAUUAUAUUGGUAUUCUUGGUUCUUUGCUUUGGAAUUACUUUCUUUAACUGGGCAAGCACUACAUGGUACUUUUACCGAAUUAAUAACCUGAUAAAUAAAGUGAAUAUCGCUCGAUUUUUUUUGGAUACAGGGUUCAUUAUUCUAACAUCAUGUGUUUCCCUUUAUGCUGUAUUAUUGUAUCAACUUACACAGAUCCUACGUAGCAAAAAAUAG